UGCUGACUCAAAAAAAAAAACCAAAAAAAAAGACAUAGUAGAUUCUUCCUGCUGUUGAAAUCUUCGUCGUCUCAGAGGGAAGGAUUGUAUGUAUUUAAUGCAUUUCAAUUACUAGUUUUACGCCAUCCCAGGGAAGAACAACCGUCUCUAGUCUUACCGUAAAUAUUUGUAUGAUACUUCCAAAAGAGAAAAAUUAGAUUUAUCGGCAUUUCUUUUCUAAUCAACAGGACAGUUUUGGCAUGUGACUGAUCUACACUUAGACCCUACAUACCACAUCACAGAUGACCACACAAAAGUGUGUUCUUCAUCCAAAGGUGCAAACGCCUCCAAUCCUGGCCCUUUUGGGGACGUUCUGUGUGAUUCUCCAUAUCAACUUAUUUUGUCAGCAUUUGAUUUUAUUAAGAAUUCGGGACAAGAAGCGUCUUUCAUGAUAUGGACAGGGGAUAGCCCACCUCAUGUCCCAGUAUCCGAGCUCUCGACGGACACGGUUAUAAACGUGAUCACAAAUAUGACAAUCACCGUCCAGAGUCUUUUUCCAAAUCUCCAGGUUUUCCCUGCACUGGGUAACCACGACUAUUGGCCACAGGAUCAGCUGCCCACAGUCACCAGUAAAGUGUACAAGGCCGUAGCGAGUCUCUGGAAACCGUGGCUGGAUGAAGAAGCUCUUGGCACUUUGAGGAAAGGUGGCUUUUAUUCACAGAAAGUUCCAACUAAUCCGAGCCUCAGAAUCGUCAGUCUAAACACCAACUUGUACUAUGGCCCAAAUGCCGUGACCCAGAACAAGACUGACCCAGCAAAUCAGUUUGAAUGGCUGGACGACACACUGAGCAGCUCUCGGCAGAAUGAAGAGAAGGUGUACAUUAUAGCACACGUUCCAGUGGGAUAUCUGCCUUAUUCCGUGAGCACCACAGCAGUGAGGGAAUGCUAUAAUGAGAAGCUGAUCGACAUUUUCAGAAGACACAGCGAUGUCAUUGCGGGACAGUUUUAUGGACACACUCACAGAGACAGCAUAAUGGUUCUUUCAGACAGGAAAGGGAGUCCAGUGAGUUCUUUGUUUGUGGCUCCUGCUGUAACACCAGUGAAGAGUGUUUCACAAAAACAGACCAACAAUCCUGGAAUCAGACUAUUUCAGUAUGAUCCUCGCGAUUACAAAUUAUUGGAUAUGUUGCAGUUCUACUUGAACUUGACUGAGGCGAAUCUCAAGGGACGGUCCAACUGGCUGCUGGAGUACAUUCUGACACAGACCUAUGGCGUUGAAGAUUUGCAGCCAGGAAGCUUAUACGGGUUAGCUAAGCAAUUUGCCCUCCUAGGGAGCAAGCAGUUUAUAAAAUACUACAAUUACUUCUAUGUGAGUUAUGACAGCAGUGCAAUUUGUGAUGAGACAUGUAAACCCUUUCAAAUUUGUGCCAUUAUGAAUCUUGAUCAAAUUUCCUAUACAGAUUGCCUCAAACAAUAUUAUAUAAAACAGAAUCACUAGGGUUUCACAAUGUGUGUUCGUAGGAAAGAGAACAUUGCUCUGCUUCUGAGAUCAGUUUGUGGGAAUUUUAUGUAAAUCUUUGUGAAUUACUGAGUGGGUGGUGUAUGAGUCUGUUCUUGCAUUGCUGUAAAGAAAUACCUGAGGUUGGGUGAUUUAUAAAGAAAAAGGUGGCCGGGUGUGGUGGCUCAGCCUGUCAUC